AUGCGAGACUAUCAUAUCCCCGGCAGUCGUGGCUCCAAUGGAGCAGUCGCGGCGCGUUCGUACAAUGGAGGCGCAAGUGUGACACUGCUCCUUUGCCCUACGAAGUGCCCCUGGCGAGCUUGGCAUCUCGGGAUUAGGACGAAUGCGCUCGACCUGGGUCUCGUUGUGCACCGAAGGGAGCCCGAAGCACAGACUGCGAUGCUGGAGUGCGACCACGGAGGCUGCCGAAGGGGGAGAACGAAGCAUGCCGCUUUGGUCAUGUUCGCCCUCUUCACUUGUGGAACUCGAGGGAACAGCGUCGAAACCAUGUUGAGCGAGUCAUCCGGGACCGCACUCGGCUGCCCGCCAGAAUUCGGGACAGCCCCUCUCGAAUGGAUGCCGUGGUCCACACACGACUACGGUGCCGCGCAUGCUGCCAGCGCUGAGGUGAGAGUCCUCCAGACAAGCCUCCUCAUUGUCUACUCUCCCCUCAAAGUCAGCCACACAACACACAACUCCUAUCCAACCCACGAAAUGUGCACGUUCACAAGCACCGACGGUAGGGCGACCCCCAACAUCAAAGUCAGCGAUUGUGGUCAGUCUAACUGCCAGUCUUCGGUCAACUACAACCCUGGCGCGCCGAAGAAGGACACCUCCCGCAGGGGCAAGGACGGGAAGGGCGGAAGCAGCGGCGGCAGAGGCGGCAGCUCCGGCACCACCAAGGCCUAAGCGCUCAACGCUCCUCACCACUGGCAGUCGCGCCGCACAAAGUCCCCGCGGCGCAUCGUUCUUCUCUCCCUAACGUGUCCCUCGAUGUCUGAUCGCUGUACUACUACUAUGCCCCCAUCUUGGUGUAUAACUGUCGCUUGAAAUCGUAUCAUCUGUGUUCCAAACUU